AUGACGGUGUGUAGCGAAGCCACGAACCUCCUCAAUGAAAGACCUAUCGGAACCCUCCCGGGCGCUGAUUCCGAAUUAAACAUCCUUACUCCCAACAGCUUGUUACUGGGCAGAGCAACGGCGAAGAAUCCUGGUGGAUGGCAGCCUAACGGUAAUAAUGCAGGAAAGCGUUAUCAUGUUGUCCAGAUCGUGACAGACGAGUUCUGGAAGAAAUGGACGGAGUUAUACGCCCCAGCCUUGGUUAUUCGUCGCAAGUGGAAUACAGCCAACCGUAACCUGCGCCCAGGAGAUGUUGUAAUAAUCGCCGACCGUAAUACCUUGCGAGGAGAGUACCGUUUAGGUAUAGUACAAGAAGUGUUUCCCAGUCAAGACGGAAAAGUUCGUCGAGUAAAUGUCAUGUACAAGAAUUUUCAAAUUGGAGAAAAGGUACAAAAAUACAAAGGACAUAACGAGGCUGUCAUUGUGUCACGAAGUGCUCAGCGAUUAUCGUUAUUAGUACCAGUAGAUAUGGAUCAAGACCAGGAAACCAAGUCGGAAGCAAAAGAGAGUGUAUGAACGGACAGUGACAUUAUAUAAUAUUGAGUGAACAAUGCAUUAGAGAAAUUUACAUUCAGAUUUUAAGACGCGAUCGCAUCGACCCCAGUCCUUCCGGUGUAUUGGGUUGUAGUAAAGUUGUAGACAAUAAUCUCUGCGAUCGCCUUUUGGACGAUGUUUUUAUUUACGUUUUGUUAGAGCAUGCGCAUAGGAACUAAUAUGGCGUGCGAAGGAAAACAGUGUUUUACCUAAAUCUAUUAUUUUGUUAUUUUCCAUAUUUUUAUAAUUAAAGUGAGUUGAAACCUGUUUUUCGCCUCAUUUACUGGCAAUCCCAGUACAGUCAUCGACUAGCGGAAUGCAAGAGAAAGAAAGCCUGCGGUGAAAAUGGAUGCAAAGGGACACAUCACAAAACUAUUCACAUGGAACGAAAGAGUGGCUUUGCCGCUGCUUGUGGUGAUAUGACCAACAGUACUUGCCUCUUACAGAUCCAAAGAAUCAAAACCAGCAAAGGGUCGACCAACGUCUUGUGGGACAGUGCAGCAUCUAUUUGUCUUAUCACGUACAGUAAAGCUAAAGAAGAGAAACUGCAUGCAUGGCAAACAAGUUCAACUGUCGAUCACCAAGGUGGAUGGAAUAGAUGAGAAGCUUACGUCGCACCUGUACCGGGUCCCUCUGGUAAACCAAUACGGCAAAACUGUGUUUAUCAAAGCUUACGGGAUAGAAAAAAUCACAUCGGACAUCCAAGCUGUCAAUCUUGAUGGUGUUGUUCAUUUGUUCAAGGGCGUUAGUGCCGAAGAAGUCGCAAGACCGACUGGACCAGUGGACCUACUGAUUGGCUACGAGUAUGCAGUGUUUCAUCCACAGCUAGAAAGAAGAAACGGACAUCUUCUGCUACAUCCUCGUACCCAGGGUCUUUUUGGGAAAGACCCAUUUUCGUACCCAGAGCCCUUCUUACGCGCGGUCAACCGAGCGUAAGAAGGGCUCUGGGUACGAGAAUGGGAAAGACCCUGGUCUUGUCUGGUCACGUGACUCUACAAAAAUUAAUUGCCCAAGGGGGAGUGGCAAAGUAUCAAAUUACAUGCUUGAAAAUGUUACUGUAAAUUUCAAAUACCAGGAGUGGGAUUUUACGAUACAUAGUUCGAAGCACCCGCUAACUUCUAUUUCAUACUUCUGUUUGCUUUUAAAUUAAAUAAGCAUUGUAGCAUUUUAUCAACAGUCAAGUCAAGAAACAAAUAAAUCGUAUACUUUAAAGUUUGAAGUUGGGUAUUCUCUCUCAAACAUAUUUUCAUAUCAAACCGGUCAGUCGUCAACGUUUGUAUAUUUUCGCUUUUAUCUGUUUCUAAAAUAUGCCAUUUAUAGAUUUGUUGUUUGCAAACGUUGAUAAACUUUGUGCCGAUUUACUAUUAGUGCACGUCUUGUUUAUUGAAGGUUGAUAGAUUUUGAAACGUAACUUUUUGCCACAAAUCACAAUGUAAACAUGUGGACACUGCCAAACAGAGACUGAAUGCUCACUUUAAAACUGUUGAUGAUUUAUCUUUGAAAAUACUUUUAAUUCACUAGUUCAUCAUAUUUGAAACUUGUAGAUAGGUAAGAGGUUGGCAGGUAGUAAAGUAUAAAAAUUUUCAGAUGAAUGUACAAAAAUUCUCAGCCUCAGGGAAAUGCGUAUAUCAGGCGGUAUAGACAAAAUUACGGCUUUAGCCUUUUUUUCGGCCUACAGCAAUAUUUAUAAAAACAUUUUUUUGAUAUACAGUACACAUUUUAUAACACGAAGAUAGUCAUAUAUAUUUCCAUAAACCACGGCAUAAACACUGAUAUGCACAUGCAGUCAUAUACCCAUAAACACUGUUAUGCACAUGCAGAUAUAACACUUACUUAAUUAGAGUCUUAGAGUUUGUUUACUUCACAUUAUUUAACACGUUUUCUUCGAGAACAAACCGUUUAUCUCUAGUGCAACAUAGUUAGACUCUAAAUCUAAAUAUGUAUAUUAACACAACAUAUAUUGAUCUCUAAACAGACUAACAAGCAGUGUCCCACACCAGCAUGCAUAAUAAGUCAGUAUUAUAUUUCUCGCGUAUUUAAUACUGUAUGAACAUCGAUCAACAAAUUACAGUAACGCGAAUGUCACAUCAAAUUUAUUAUGUGGUCUGUAUUCUCUAAUGUCAAACAUAAGUUACGAAUAUUCAGUCAUAUACAGUAUUUGUAUAAACUUACACACAGCAGAGUCUUUGCCUUUGACUUAUCUUUGAGUAGGCUAUUGUCAGAUUAUUUUACCGUAGGUUUGAUUAUAGAGAGGUAUACUUCAACAUAUUUCUUGAGCAACAAUGAAGUUUCAGCGAAGUCAAUGGCAAUGUUGGAAUUCGGAAAUUUCACAGCGCUUUGAAUAACAGUCCGAGUAGCAUUGUUUACAAGCAAGGUUUGUUCCGUUUGUAGUUUGCGAUAUUACAGAAAUUGAAAGAUCUCUCUAUUUCGUUACAAUUCCACAUCUCAGUAUUAAAUAAAUCUUGUAGGAUAGACUUCAACAGGUAAAUAACAGCUACAUCGGUCGGUCUGGAAAUAUAUUUUCUUGUAACGUUUGCGACGACGUGCAAUUUCUUCGACGAGCCGUAUAUUACACCUUGUAUAUUGAAAUCUGAUAUAUCUUUGCUCACCGACAUUCUGGGUACAAUGACAUUUGAUAUUUCUAAUUGUGUAACUGGAUAGUACUCAUGACAAAUAAAAUAUACAAUCUUGUAAAUAUUUCCUGCAUGAUUUCUGCGUUAUUUCUUCGCUCACUUCUUGCUUAGUGACAAAACGCUACUUAGUUACCCACCCUAAUAGAAAUUUAUUGUUACCUCCCAGAUUCUGGGAGACACGUGACCAGACAAUACCAGGGUAUUUUCUCAGCAGGUGGCCGUGCACCGAGUAUAAGAGAAAAUAGCCUGGGUACGAGGUUGCUUCUGCUACUGAAAAACCAGUUUGAAAAAUGCAUUGGUGGCAAACACCCAAGCAUCAAAGAAACUCACCCAACCAGUGAGUUGACUAGUGCCCGAGCCCAUCAUGUCAAUGCCAUUAAUGUUGAGGACAUCUACAACAUUGAAUGUCUGGGGGUAGCUUGCUCACCAUGCUGUGGAGGUUGUAAAUGUGGAAAGUGUCCAAAGGGAAGCAAUGAUUACACCCUCAAAGAAGAGAGAGAACUGAAGCUGAUCGAAAGCAAAUUGACGUUUGAUGACGAAGAGAAGAAAUGGACCGCAGAAUACCAGUGGAUAAGAAAUCCGCAAGAAUUACCUGACAACAGAAGGGCAGCAAUGACAGAUGCGAAUGAAGAAGAGCUAAAUAGUGAAAUGGAACUAGUGAUGUUGAAGAAAGGCAAGUUGAUGAGGAAAGACCACACGUUGGCCAAGCUCAUGAAAAUCAUGAAUCAAGAGAAGUGGAGGAAACACAUAGACUUGUUAAAGUGAACGGUGAAGGGAGUCGAUCAAGUGAGAGAAACGAAAUACCGAGAAGACAAGCAAAGAGAGUUGUUGAACCGAGCAACACUACGAGACAAAUAGUUACGCAAGUUGGUGAGAAGAGGAAAGGCAGUCCUGAUGUACAACUUCUUGGAAAGAGAAAAGACACCGAUGGACGGAACGAACAAAAGAAUGUUGUUGAUAAAAAAGAAACUGCAGCGAGAGAUGUUAUUACAAGACAGGACAUUGAGACAAGGAAGAAUGAUGUGAGGGUACGAAACAAGCGGAGAGUUGUUCGGGCAGUUGGUGACACAAACCUCACUGCGGAACGCAACAUCGGUGCAACGAGUGAUUUUCUUAUUACGAAAGUCAUCAGAGCAAAGAAUGAUGGUGGUGCAAGAAAUGAUGAAAAGGCGAAGGAAAGUUCUGGCACCAGAAUGAGCGCCGAGCAGAGAAAUGAGGGUGAUAUGACCAGCAACACAACAGAGAUCACAAGGAAAGAUGUUGCCGCCCACAAUAAUAGUGACUCCAAGAAAGAUGCUGGCAGUGUACUCAGUGGCGAAGAAAGUGACAACAGUAACACCACACAUGUUCACAUAAGGAAUGGCGACAUGCGAAAUUCUGAUGCAAGAAGGAGUCAGGAAGGUGGUGGAAAAACCUUGACGGACACAUCAAGAAACAAUGAAGCCUCGAACAAGGCAACUCGUAAGAGUUUGGAAGGAAAACCAUUCAUUUUCCCCGUGUGUGAUAAAGGACACGCUAGUAUAAUUGGUUUAAAACAUCAUUAUAAGACACAUCAGAAUGGCAAUGAGAACAAAACGCAUUUGUAUUACUGCCAUGAAUGUAAGGAAGGUUUUGAGACGAAGAGAAAGUUCUGGUUGCAUGAUGUGAAAGUUCAUGGACUUAUUGAAACGUCGUCGGAUGAAAGUGAUUCAGAAAUGGUUGCAGGGCAUGAAGAGAGAGUUGGAAGCACGCGGAUAAGCAUGACAGACACAAGAACUGUUGUAAGGAGUGGUGGAGAUGUAAGAGGUACUUGGUAG